AUGCUUUCACUCCCCUCGCCCGUAGUUUCUACAACACCUCCGUGCCAUCUACUGAGUAUUUUGCGCCUACAGAGGGCAUCGCGCAGAGGAAAGACGCCCCAUAAUUCGCCAGAAUAUACACCUAUACCGUCACCUCCUCGAGCUCCGUCAAUGCACAAUCGUAAACUACCUUGUCUGCUUUGCACAAAUCUCUCCGGCACGCUUAUGCAGGUCAUCGGCACUCCGUUUCAUCAGCUGUCAAAAUCAGAAGCGAUUCCUCCUCGCACCGAUCAUCUGCUGCAACGCUAG